CCUAUCUUAUCACUAGCGCCACCUACAGCGCUGCUACGCCGACUCAACAUCAAGCCCAAGCGAGGGAGGGGUCAGGUUCGCUACCGCCGCCGCGACGGACGGUCACGGUUUUGGCGCGCUUCACUAUGUUCUUUAAUAAAUAGUUUGUUACCUACUCUCGCCUCAGCCUUCAUGCCUCAGCCAUCACGCCCAGCCCUCACAUCUGGCGCAGUCGACGCCCGAGCCUUUGUGCAGCCACUCAGCCACGCAAGAAUGCAAGCGCAUCAGUAAGCAAGCGAGCCAGCCUUCGCCCCGCGACAGCCGUUCCGCCAUUCCUUUCUUUGUCACCGCCAGAGCAUUUCCCGCCGUCCGCUCGCUUCCAUGUGCGCGCCUGCGUGCGCUUGCUGGUGGACUCACUGAGUAAGAGUGUGCUUCGUGCGUAAACGUCAGCGUGUAGCCGGCUCGGCGCAACGCCAUGCCGGGAAUUGUGUGGCAGAAUCUCGACCCGGUGACCAUGUCGCGCCUCGGCGUCGACCUCAUACGCGAAGAAUUGGCCCGCCGACAGCUGGACAUCACGGGUUCGAAAGAGGAGCUCUUUCAGCGUUUGCAAGCCGACAUUCAGCAGCAGCGUGAAGCUACCCCCUCGGUUGAAACGAAUGAAUCCGCCUCGACCGCUGCGGCGCCUUUAACGCUGGACCCAGCCACUCUGCAGAGCCUCGCCAUGCUGUUCCAGCAGCUACCUCGCCCUGCAACAACGGUGACGACACUGCCAGACCUGUCAUCGUCCAUUCCGCAAUUUGCUGGUUUGUACAGCCACAGUGUCAAUACAUGGCUUGACGACGUGCGACGAGUACAGCAGCUCGCCUCGUGGGACGACGCCACCACACGCCUGAUCGCAGCUAGCAAGCUGAAAGGCACGGCGCGAGACUGGCAUCUCGCGUUCGGCAACCAGUACAGCACCUGGGCCACGUGGAGUGCCGCCCUGAAAGACACAUUUUGUACAGAAUUGUCCCUCAUCGAGUGGCAAGAGCAGGUCAUGAGGGUAACCCAGGCCCCGUCCGAAAGCUUGCACCAAUAUGCCUUUGCCAAGUUGAAGAUCAUUGAGCGUUGCCCCGUUCACCUCUCGGAGGCCCAAAAGAUUGACUACCUGCUGCAUGGUUUACGGGAACAACACAUCCUCGCCGCCAUAGCAGCCAACCGGCCUCCCACGGUAGCUGAGUUUAUUUCUACCUGCACUAGCCUCGACAAGAGUGCGCAACAUCUGCACGCCAAAGCAAGCCCGUCACCAUUUGCCGGUUCUGUGUCGCCGCCGACGCAAUCCUUUCGUGCCGCUAAGCCCGCAGAGCGACAGCAGCCUCGCUCAGAACAAUCGACACCACAGUCCUCCCGAGGGGCCACACCAAAAACGCGCAUUUCAGAGCUUCCCACCGAGCAACAAGAAGCUACUUAUGCAGCUAUUUCGGCACAGUACGGCGCUCCAGCUUUUCGUAGUGGUCAAGACCUGUCUCAAGCUGUCUACUACCAAUGUCAUGCCUUGGGUCAUCUGGCAUCCAAGUGUCCUACGCGCACCAGCCGCUUAUCAUCAUCAGCGCCUCCAACCAUGCCAAAGACACAGCAGCCUCCAGCACUGCACAGUGCACCCGUUACACUUGACGGCUCACAGCAGCAAUGCGCCUUCUUCAACGCAACUCUCAGUGGAGUCGGUGAAUGUGAAGCGUUUCCUGACUCUGGGUCCAAGGUGACAUUAAUAUCUAAAACUCGUGUGCCUGCAAGCAUGAUCAUCCCAUGGACCGAGCCUCCACUCGUGGUGGUAGGAGGAAGCACAGUGCUACCUGUUGGUGCUGCAUUUUUGAAGAUAUCCAUUGGCCCAGCCACAGGAGUUGUUGAAGCUGCUGUUUUGGAAGAUAAUGUACUUCCCCUCAUUUUAGGUGAGGACUGGUUCUCAGCAGCACAAGCACGCCUUAUAUUCGAGCCGCCGAAGCCAGCACAGUUGCAGCAUACAGCCACGAAUAGCACCAUUACCGCAAACCAAAAGCUAGGCCCAAGAAUGGCAAAUGCUGUGAUCCCAACAAGGUCCGUCCUUUUUCCUGAAACCAGGCCCAGUUCCAAAGACUGCCUACAACGCCAACUACGCCCAAGACCACUACGCCAACGUCCGCGACACCAAAGCCCACCAUGCCAACACCCACGACACCAAAGCCCACCACGCCAACGCCCACGACACCAAAGCCCACCAUGCCAACCCCCACGACACCAAAGCCCACCACGCAAACGCCGACCACGCCAACGCCCACGACACCAAUUCCCACCACGCCAACUACCACUACGCCAAAGCCCACAACGCCAUCGCCAACUACAACAAAGCCCACCACGCCAAAGACAACCACGCCAGCGCCCACCACACCGAAGCCCACAUCGCCAACACAAACUACGCCAAAGCCCACUACGACAAUGGCCACGAUGCCGACACCCACUACUACCACGCCAACAACAACGCAAGGCACGACCGCUAGUUUACCGCCUAAUCGAGCAGCUUACACCAUCCACAUUUAGGGCUUUACGUGUGUCAUGCUUGACAUCUCGUUUCGUUAAUCAACCACGAACGGUGCACGUGUCCCAGCCUUAUGUACCACCAGUUUCUCCAGUGACCGAGCAACAGCCCGCCGUCAAUGCAGAGCCCACGCCUGCCUCAGGAGCAAAUGUUGUCGCCUCUACAGAGCAGCAACAGCCUCAACGGCCUCAACGCACUCGAUGUCUACCGAGCCACCUCGACGGCUUUGUGCUCGAGUGAAAUUGCAGCGUUUCCGCACAUGUGUGUGAGUGUGUUAUCGUGCGUGUGACAGUGUGCAGAAGCAGUUGACCAAGAGACUUGGUCAGUCAGACUGGGGUGGGAUGUGAGCGCCCGCAUGUGCCGCCUAUCUUAUCACUAGCGCCACCUACAGCGCUGCUACGCCGACUCAACAUCAAGCCCAAGCGAGGGAGGGGUCAGGUUCGCUACCGCCGCCGCGACGGACGGUCACGGUUUUGGCGCGCUUCACUAUGUUCUUUAAUAAAUAG